CCCUCCUUUCCUUCCUCUGUUUAUUUCUUUUCUUUUCUACCUCCCCUCCUCUCUCUCUCUCCUCCCUCCCUCUCUCUUUCUCGCUCCUCCUGUUUGGCAGCACAUUUGAAAUUGGAUACCUGCCCCCCCUCUCUUUUCCUCUCUCACAUCUCCUCCACACACUCUGUGUGUGUGCGCGCGUGUGUCUCAGCUCUCUGCUCGCUCUCCUCCACACCCCACUGGUGUCACUGGGAGUAGGAGAGUGGGAUUGACUGGCCGUGUGACGGACAGACGGACGGACAGGCGUGAGGCUGGCCACCCCUGUAGUCCGAGGGCAGGUUCGAGAGGGAUGGAGGGAGAUAAAGAGGGGAAGGAGAGAGAGGGGGAGGAGAAGGAGUGUGAUGAAGCUGAGCUGAGCUCUGAUCGGGCAGAAUCCAGGACAGCCCCCUCCCACUCCCCCCUGGGGUCCUCGCUGGAGGACCUGGCCAUGCCCAUCAUGCACUGGGAGGCACUGGGGCGCCACAUCGAAGAGCUGGAGAGACAAGAGGAGCAGAGAGAGAGAGAGAGGGGAAGGAGAAGAGAAGAGAAGAGAGAGGGGGAGGAGAGAGAGAAGGGGAGGAGAGGACCACAGCCUGGAGAGAUGAGAAGGGAGCCCGCCAGAUUGACUCACCGACAGAGUGUGAAAGCGCAGUGUGAGGAGGAGGAGGAGGAGGGAGGAGAUGAAGAGAUCACCAGACAUGUGAGCGAACUCACAUCCCGGCUCCAGAGUCGGAUGAACCUGCAGCUUUGCUUCAUCAACAACAGUGAGAGUGAGGAGGAGGAGGAGGAGGAGGAGGAGGAGAGGAGAGGGAAGGAGAGAGGGAGGGAGAAUCCUGCAGGCUGCACUGGUGGGCGUGUCCCUGCGCUGGAAGCCCCACCCCUUGCUCCGGUUGCCAGGGGCAACCUUGUGGAGAGACAGAGAGAGGUGGAGACAGAAGCCCGGAGGGCGCUGGCAAGGGUGAGAGAGAGACUGGAGAAGAGGAGCCAGAACCAGUCCUGCGAGGGUCUGGCGCACACUCCAGACGGCAGGAGGCUGCAGAGUGCUGACCUGCACACACUGACCAUCAAACAGCUGGACACUCUGAGGAAAAGACUGAGCCAGGCUGUGCAGGAUCUGAGCUCGGAGCUGGUUGGUUCGCUGCUGUCACGUGACCAGCUCCAGACGGAGCAGGAUGCCAUCUUACUGGAGGUGGAGGACCUGACCGCGUUUGCUGAGAACGAACAAACUCGCCAGCACAGGAGGGCUCUGAGAUGACCAGUGGCACACUGCGUCCUGAUCAGGAGGGAUGCAAUGUGUGUGUGUGUGUGUGUGUGUGUGUGUGUGUGUGUGUGUGUGUGUGUCAGUGUGUGUGUGUGUGUGUGUGUGUGUGUGUGCGUGUGUGUGUGUGAAGGUCUGGUUCUGUGUUAUUUUUCGUUCCUAUCCAGUGUUCAGUAUUUCCGGAUCUCAUUACGAGUUCUUUCUCUCUGCAGCAUUCCAAACAGAAACUACUCCCUGGAUUCAAACUGUGUGCAUUCAAACUGUAUCCAUUCAAAGUGUAUCCAUUCAAACUGUGUCCAUUCAAACUGAAUCCAUUCAAACUGUAUCUACCCGGCUUUGUAAUACAUUUGUAAAAACAAAAUACAAGAAAUAUGUUUUCAAAGAAAUUAAA